GAGCAAGUCACACAAAGUUAUACGCGGUCACACGUGCGGGACGUGCAGGAAUUUGAGACCCGUUUAGACGCGUUUUCGGUUUUCAUGUUGUUCCUCUUCUGUUUAUGUUGUUUUUCGAACGUUAUCCCGGCUUUAUAGUGAUUGUGUGAGUUUCUUGAUCUUAUUGUGCAAACAAUUACGUGAAACAAAAUGGAUUGGAGAGACAUCCAAGUCUCGACGAACAAGAAUUCUGGAUCACGUGUCAGUAGUACCGAAGCUCAAAGAAAAGUCAGAUCUCGUCAGGAUUUUGAAGAUUUCGAAAAUGACGACGAUCUUAUAAUACUUGAAGAUGAUUCAAACUACCAAAAUGCGAACACAAGUACCGUUUCUAGGGUUAUUAAAAGGCCCAGAGUCACAAUAAAAAAAUCAAAAAUUGUAAACGCUUUCUUAAAAAAAAAUCCGCAGACCGACGAUUUUAAUAUGAACUUCAGUAAUGUUUUCUACACACCGGGUUGUGGAUUUAUGUGUAUUCAUCCAAACUCAUCAAAAAUGCCAAAUAUCGAAAAGCCCUUUUCCUCAAAAACAGCAGACAACGCGGCAAAUAAGAUUGUGGUUUAUGACGAGUCAGAUGAGGAACUUGAAAAAGACUCUUUUAAAGGGGAAUCAGCUGGAGAAGUCUUAGUUAAAAUGUCUAGAGUGUUGAUAACUCGAAGGAUUUCUGAGCUUACUAAGGAAUUGCGUGCUAAGCAGAAACAAUCUAAACGACAACAUUUGCCAAGAUUCAAACUAAGGGAGCUUGAAAAUGCUAUAGCCAUAAUAAAGAAGGAAAUUAAAUCGCUUGAAAAUCAGUUAGAUCCUCAGCGAUGUUCGAAGUGUGACUCCUCUGAUAACCAAGAUGAAGAUGGAGAACGUGGAGGGGACAAUUUUGGUCUCGGGGAUAAUUUCGGUUUCGGGGAUGAUUUUGAAGACCUUCUGCAUGAAGUUUUUGAUGGGGGUGCAGCUACUGUUCAGGGUCUCCACGAUUUAAAGGAUACACUCUCUCGUUGUCCCGGAGAAAAUGAAGUCGCCCCAGAUCCAGUAGGACUCCGAGUUCCCUUACUGAUUCAUCAGAAAAAAGCUCUCAAAUGGAUGCUUUUCAGGGAAGAGGAAAAGUGCUGUGGUGGUUUACUUGCCGACGAUAUGGGAUUGGGGAAGACAUUAACCAUGAUCUCAUUAAUACUUCAAACCAUGCCUCCUAGAGAAAUAUUCGGCAAAAUUGAAUAUCAAAAUGAAGUUAAAAACGAUUCUACAAGUGACUAUAUCGAAAGUGACGAAGAGUUGGAAUCGGAAACCCCUAAGAAACUCGCUAAAGAAGAUAAACAUUCUCCUGAAAUAACGUACAAUGGUGGAACUCUCGUCGUGUGUCCACUUUCACUGCUUCAACAGUGGAAAACUGAAAUUGCUACGCGUGUUGAAAGAGGAUUGAUUACCGUAAAAAUUCAUCAUGGACCUGAUAGAGUUAAAGAUCCGCAAGAAUUAGUGAAGUUUGACGUUAUUAUCACGACAAUCCAUAUCUUGAAAUCAGAAUGUGGAAGAAAGAUUGGACUUUUCAAGGUAAACUGGAAAAGAGUUGUAUUGGAUGAGGCACAUAUUGUGAGAAACCCUGAGACCAGUAUGUCGCAAUCCGCUUGCUCGCUUAGCGCGGAGAAAAGAUGGGCAUUAACUGGCACCCCGGUUCAAAAUAAGCCUUUAGACUUAUUUGCGCUCCUAAAAUUCCUCAGAUGCUCUCCAUGGGAUGAUAUUAAAGUGUGGAGGACAACCAUGAAAUCCGGAAAAGAAGGGGUCAAACCCCUUACAACGGUCCUCAAAUCUUUAGUUUUGCGACGCACUAAAAAAGAAUUGCAAGAAAGUGGCGAAAUGCCACCUUUACCGUCAAAAACAACACGCGAUAUUGAAAUUGAAAUGGAGGAAUCUCAGGCAAAAGUCUAUAGGACUAUGCUUGCCUAUUCUAAAACUUUGUUCGAGAAAUUUUUACUGCAAAGGAAACGCAAAAAGGGAAUUUCUGAUUAUGACGCGGAGAAACGUGUUCACGAUGCCAUGAAGAAAAAAGAUCUUUCGCUUUGUGAAAAGGAUGACGUUCCUAAAGAGCUUUUGGAUGAAUUUAAUAAGGUUUUACUGGGUGGGGAGAAAAUCCAACAAUUUCAUAUUCUGGUUCUUCUGCUACGAUUACGACAAAUAUGCAACCAUCCCGCGUUAUUGAAUAAGAUGGUUCAAGAAGAAGAAAUGGCGCAAGGAUUAGGUGCGGAUGGUGAAACAAAGACAGAGAACAAGAAGAAAAAGACGUUCAAUGCUCUUUUUGUAUCCAAGAACAAAGAUAAUCCGAUGACAUCCGAUAACCCGGUUUUGCAAGAGAAAUACCGAAGCGCUAAAAUUAACAAGAUUUUCGAAAUUUUAAACGAAGUUAUCCCAACUGGCGAGAAAAUUGUAAUUAUUAGCCAAUGGACUAGUAUGCUCAAAAUAAUUGAGUAUCAUUUGUCCUACAAUCAGCCAGCGGAAUGGGAAAUGUUUAGUGGCGAAGUCCAACACAGAGAUCGGCAGGACAUUGUGGAUCGAUUCAACGAUCCUAGGAGUGACCUCAAAAUUCUCCUGCUUUCAUUAACGGCUGGAGGAGUCGGACUUAAUUUAAUGGGCGGGAACCAUAUACUUCUUGUCGAUAAUCAUUGGAAUCCGCAGCUAGAAAACCAAGCGCAAGACCGUAUAUACCGAUACGGACAAAAUAAACCAGUCACGGUUUAUAAGUUUUUGUGCUCAGGAACUAUUGAAGAGAGGGUAAAGGAGCUUCAAGAGGAAAAAUUGAUGUUCGCCAAAGAAAUCUUUAGCGGUCUAAAGAUGACUUCAACAAGAUUAACUCUGAACGAUUUGAAAAAGUUGUUCCAGAUAAAAAGUAAUGCUCGACCUCCUGCCGAGACUGUUUGUGGCAGAAGGGUUCGACCUCGACUGGAAAAUCUUGACUCAUUAAUUCAGGAUCAUGAUUAUGUCCUAGCCCCUCAAGCAUAUAUUCCUCCAAGAUAUAUUCCUCAAGAAUCUGUUCCUCAAGAAUUUAUUCCUCAAGAAAAUAUUCCCCAAGAAUUUAUUCCUCAAGAAUCUUUUCCUCAAGAAUCUGUUCAAGAAGCUGCAGAUGUGCCAGAAUUCGAUUUUGCAAUCUACGAUGUACCCGAAUGCGAGGAAAACUUUUCUAAAAAUGCUCGCGAUACCAAGGUCGAUUCACUUUUAGAAAAUAUUGAAAACGACCUAAAUCAAAUCAACAAAUCUAAUGACAUUCCAAUUCGAGCCUCGGCAGCCUUUUCGCCGAUUCUAGAAAGUGCUGCAAUAAGCACUCAAACUCCACUGAGCCCAAAGAUAUUUUUCGAAAAUAAACCACAGAGUACUCCUCUUGGAAAUAAAAAUGCUACAAUCGAUCGAAAAAAUGCGACCAGCACCCCACUUGUGGGAAAUUUUCUGCCAAAACCAAUGGAGAUGAGUGGUACAUUUUCGCUGGGAAUCCCUAGAAUUCCUGAUUCCCAAAGAGAAGAAAAUGUUUCCCAACUGGAAGAUGAUUUGGAUUCUAGGUGCAACAAGGCAAUUGAUGCGAUUAGAGAUAUCAAAAAUAUUUGGGCCAAUUGUGGAAUUGUGGAAAAAGAAAAUUCGAAGCCUAUUAAUACUUUCUGGAUUCAGCCAAGUUGUUCGAAAAUAAGUGACUUAAAUAAUAACAUGAACAAAUCGAUAUCGGCCCUUGAAGAGAAAAAAUCGACAGAUGAUACUGGGAGCGAUGAUAAUUUGCCACCGGAUGUGUCCAAAUUCUUAAAUUCAGGUGCAAACAUAGUGAAUGCGAAGAGGAGUUCAUUGAUUUCAAGGAUCAGCCAGCUGGAAAAUGAUAUUCAGUCAGACAGGAAUAAACUUAACCGAAGUUGUUUAAAAUUUGCCAAACGCAAUCCGCUCGAGAAACUAAUCAGGGACAGAGAAACCAGACUUCGAAUUUUAAAGGCUGAUUUUGCAGCCACUUUAAAAGCCUCGAGAUUUUCAACGACCAAUGCGGCCAUUGCUAAGGGCGUCCACGAAUUGCAGCAAGCACUUUCUGGGUGCCCUGAAGAUCACGAAUUUGCAGAAGAUCCACUCGGUCUGCGAGUAAAACUGAUGCUGCAUCAGAAGAAGGCUCUAAAAUGGAUGCUUCAAAGGGAGGGCACAGCGUCAUGUCCUGGUGGAAUCUUAGCGGAUGAUAUGGGAUUGGGAAAAACCCUUACAAUGAUUGCCUUGAUAGUCCAUUCGAUUCCGAUUGAACGACGUCAGAAUUCUGCAAGCUGUGGACUUGAUAGUGCAGACAGUGGGGACGACUGGGAUGCACCGAUUGUACCAAAAAGCAAAAAAAGGGUUAAAACCCAGGUUUAUGAAAAAUUUACGAUCGAUGGCGGUACUUUGGUUGUGUGCCCACCUACCCUUCUGCAGCAAUGGGAAAACGAAAUUAAAAAACGGACGAAUAGCGGACUUUUGAAGGUUCUGAUUCACCAUGGUGCCAACCGAACGAGGGAUCCGAGGGAACUUUGUAGACCGGAUAUAGUCCUCACCACGUACACCCUUCUGCAUCAAGAUUGUGUCAUGUUAAACAAGGUCUACUGGAAGCGAGUUGUGUUAGACGAGGCACACCAGAUCAGAAAUCCAAAGACUAACGUUUCAGAAUCGGCUUGUAUGCUAAAGUCGCCUAAAAGAUGGGCCAUGACAGGGACACCUGUUCACAAUAGGCCCCUAGACAUUUACGCGAUCCUCAAGUUUUUAGGAUGCCAUCCAUGGGACGAUAUCCGGAUAUGGAAUAGUACCAUGCGGGGCUCUAGAGCAGGAAUAAUGCGAAUUACAACCCUUCUAAAAUCGCUCGUAAUGCGACGAACGAAGGGCGAGUUGCAGGCGAGUGGUGAGAUGCCGCCCUUGCCGCCUCGGAUCGUCGAGACAAUUGAAAUUGAGCUUGACGAGGAAGAAACUCAAGUUUAUAAAACGCUUCUGGCCUACUCUCGAACGAUGUUCGCUCAGUUCCUCAUGCAGAGGGACAGGAGGGCGGGACGAUUUUCGUAUACCCUGCACCAACUGGUCCACAGUGCGAAAAAGAACUCGAGGGUCCUUACCAAGGAUGACAAUAUUCCCCAAGAGAUUUUCGACGAGCUGAACAAGGCUUUAUUAAAUACUAAGGGAGUUAUCCAACAGUACCACAUUCUGGUUCUGCUUUUAAGAUUACGACAAAUCUGCAAUCAUCCAGCCUUGAUUAGCAGGAUGAUAGAGGACGAAGAAAUUACGCAAUUGGGUGUAAAUGAAGACUCUCAAGAGAAUCAAGGAGACCUUUUCAGGAAGGAUAUACUCUCGAAUAAAAAUUCUUCGGGAAGCUUGAGCGACGUGUCUCAAAAUCCGAUGAGGUCGGACAAUCCUGUUUUUCAAGAAGAUUACGAAAGCUCGAAGAUGAAAGCUAUCAUGGAAACCGUGAAUAGGAUCAUGCCUACUGGAGAUAAAGUUAUUAUUGUCUCCCAAUGGACUUGUAUGUUGGAGCUAAUCAAGGAUCACUUAAAAUUGGCAGGCGAAUCGCGUUACGCCAUGUUUACUGGACAAGUAAAGGUGUCAGAGCGACAAGCAAUUGUUGAUCGGUUUAACGACCAGAAAGAUUGUCUGAAAAUUCUCUUCCUCUCGCUGACCGCAGGCGGUCAAGGUCUAAAUUUAUUCGGUGCAAACCAUUUAAUUAUGGUUGACAAUCACUGGAAUCCACAGCUUGAGAAGCAAGCUCAAGACCGUAUUUAUCGGUACGGGCAGGAAAAGAAAGUAAAAAUCUAUAAAUUCUUGUGCAAGGACACAAUAGAGGAACGAGUCAAAGAUCUUCAAGAUCGAAAACUUAAACUAGCUGAUGAUAUUUUGAAUGGAAUCAGUCUCACUUCUACGAAACUGACUCUGGAGGAUCUGAAGCAGCUCUUCCAAAUGCGAUAGGCAGCUGCGGAUUUGAAACUGUGCCGGGUAGCAUUACAAACGUGUUUCGAAAUAGAUCCUACAAGACUGUAACUGAAAGACUAUAAUUUUUUUAACUGAUAAUAAUUAAAAAAGAAGGCAGUAAAGUACAAUUAAAAUGAUUUAAAGUGCAAUUCCGUUUGUUUUAUGUGAAGUAAUAACGAAUUUUAUUUUCAUGUUGAAUCUAAAUAAUCGUUGUAAGAACUAAAAUCAAAUAAUCUUAGACAUUUAUUGACUUAAUUUGGUAGUAAAUAUUGUAAGUGGUAAUUAAUUAAUAGUAUAAUCGUUUUGA